GUUCGGAGCUCCUAUCCCAGAGCUUUUCUCUGUCCGUCUGUCUGUCUGCAGUGAUUAUUCCCCCUUUACAACAGCCACUCACUGAGAAAGGCCAUGGCCGUGCCUUCUCUCUCAGCCCCUCUCCUCGUGGCUCUGUUUCACCUUGCAGUACUACCUCUCGUUCACGCGGGGGUAUACUACGGACACAAGCAGCACCAGCAGCACCCCCAGCAGCAACCCCAGCAGCACCAGCCUAUGCCACACCUGUCCCACAUGGGCAUGGGCAGCAAAGAGCAGCACCCUCAGCAGCAGUGGCCAGGAAAGGACAUUCCCCACAUGCAGUACCCCCAUUACAGAAAAGAGAUCCCCCAGAUGCCCAUGCACAUGGGCAAGGAGUACCCCCGCAAAGGUGUGGUAGUCAACAGUGGACAGGACAAAGGUCAGACCAUCCCCAGUGGGGCUGUGGGAGGUCUCCCUGGAGGCCUGGCAGGAGAGCAGGGCCCAGCUGGGCCUGCAGGACCUGAGGGACCCUCUGGGCCACCAGGUCCUCCUGGGGUAGGACAGCCAGGAGGUGAAGGAAAACCAGGCUCCGCUGGUCCCCCAGGAUUCCCUGGUGUAGGCAAACCAGGACUCCCGGGAAUUCCAGGCAAGCCAGGGAGCAUGGGAGACCCAGGUGUACCUGGAGAGCUGGGCCCCAGUGGUGGAGACGGUCAUAUGGGGCAGCCAGGGCCUCAGGGCCCCCCUGGUCCUCCAGGUCUCCCGGGGAUAGGAAAACCAGGGGUUGGGGGGUUACCAGGACAACCAGGACCCAAGGGGGAGCCAGGACAUAAGGGCCUACCGGGACUACCAGGAUUACCAGGACCCAAGGGUGACAAGGGAAUUGGACAGCCAGGACAGCCAGGCCACAAAGGGCCAGCAGGACCCCCUGGACCUCCAGGCCAGGGAGGGAUGCCCGGUGUGGGCAAGCCUGGAAUGAAUGGCAUAUCGGGGCCACCAGGAGGACCAGGGAAACCAGGCCCUCCUGGAGAGCAGGGGCUGGCUGGACCAGCAGGAGAGGGUGGCGAGACCGGUCCACCAGGGUUGCCAGGCCAGGGAAAACCAGGCCAGAAUGGUCUGCCUGGACAACCAGGCAUGCCUGGUGGGAAAGGGCACCCAGGCCCUCCAGGUUUGCCAGGGAAGCCUGGAUUGCCUGGAUUUGGAAAACCAGGAUUCCCAGGACCCAAGGGAGAUAAAGGGAUGGGUGGGAUGCCCGGAGGCCCAGGACCAAAGGGAGACAAAGGCCAUGGAGGACUUCCAGGUGUGAUUGGACCACCUGGGCCAAUCGGACCAGCUGGUCCCCUUGGCCCUAUGGGACCCCCUGGAGGUCUUGGCCAACCAGGGGCAAAAGGAGAUGCUGGAGAGGGAGGGCAAAAGGGGCUGCCAGGUGGCCAGGGUGAGCCUGGUCCUCCUGGACUUCAUGGUCAGAAUGGCUUCCUUGGAGAGGUAGGAGAGCCAGGGCCAAGGGGUCCCGCUGGGCCUGUAGGACCCCAAGGGGAAGGCGGACACAAAGGGUUACCAGGCGCCCCUGGCAUUCCAGGCCUAUCUGGGCCAAAGGGAGAGGGAGGACUUCCAGGAGAGAAGGGUCCCCAAGGCCCUAAGGGCAUUCCAGGUCUGGGAGGUGCAGGUGGGCCGAUCGGACCUCCUGGUGCCCCUGGGUCUAAAGGUGACAGCGGAUUACCUGGUCUUCCCGGCGUUGAGGGUAACGGAAACCCAGGUGUCCCUGGUCCUCUUGGACCUCCAGGUAAAGAAGGUCCUGGAGGACCACCAGGAAAUCCAGGCCAGCCAGGUCUACCUGGUCCCCCAGGCCCACCCGGACCCCCCACCCUCUCCCCUAACAUGGGAGCAGUCCUCACUGAGAUGGGUAUUCCUCCUGUGCUGGAUGGAGUCAAGACCACCGGCUAUGGCAAGAAGGGUAAAUAUGGAGGAAACAGUGGAGAAGUAAUGGGUAACGGCCUGGAGAUGCCUGCGUUCACGGCUCUGGUGACCACACCCUUCCCACCAGUGGGCACGGCUGUGGUGUUCGACAAGAUCCUGUACAACGGCCGUCAGAACUACAACCCCCAGACAGGCGUGUUUACCUGUGACAUGCCCGGGAUCUACUACUUUGCCUACCACGUCCACUGCAAAGGGGCCAACGUGUGGGUGGCGCUGAUGAGGAACGAUGAGCCUGUGAUGUACACAUAUGACGAGUAUAAGAAGGGAUUCCUGGAUCAGGCGUCGGGGAGCGCAGUGUUGCCUCUACAGCCCGGGGACACCGUGUACCUCCAGCUACCCUCGGACCAGGCCGCAGGACUAUACGCUGGCCAAUACGUCCACUCAUCCUUCUCUGGGUACUUGUUGUACCCUAUGUAGCAACAACUAUAGAGAGGAAGAGACAGUGACAGAGGGAGAAAAUGUUGGAGAAAUUUAAGCAUUGUUUAUAGAAGUCUUUAAAUGUGUAUGUUUUUUUUUAAAAACAUCAACUAUCUGUUGAGAUUGAUGCUGUUGAGAUCGACGCUGUUGAGAUCGACAGCGAUGGGAGGACGCGUCGCACAGUCCCUGGGAAAAUCUGAGAGAGGAGUGUGUAUGUGUGUGAGUGAAUGUACAUAUAUGCAGUUUUUAUAACCAUUUAUGUUGUGGUACAAAGAUUUCUGUAUCUAUGUACCGCUCUUAAGAGUGUUACAACGUUACAACACUGCAUUAAAAGAUGCCAUUACAUCAACAGAGUUCACAUAUUGUGAAAUGUAGUCAUAUGUACAGUUGAAAUCGGAAGUUUACAUACACCUUAGCCAAAUACAUUUAAACUCAGCUUGUCACAAUUCCUGACAUUCAAUCCUAGUAAAAAUUCUCCAUCUUAGGUCAGUAAGGAUCGCCACUUUAUUUUAAGAAUGUGAAAUGUCAGAAUAAUAGCAGAGAGAAUUAUUUAUUUCAGCUUUCAUCACAUUCCUAGUGGGUCAGAAGUUUACAUACACUCAAUUAGUAUUUUGUAGCAUUGCCUUUAAAUUGUUUAACUUGGAUCAAACAUUUCAGGUAGCCUUCCACAAGCUUCCCACAAGAAGUUGGGUGAAUUUUGGCCCAUUCCUCCUGACACAGCUGGUGUAUCUGAGUCAGGUUUGUAGGCCUCCUUUUUCCGUUCUGCCCACAAUUUUUCUAUAGGAUUGAGAUCAGGGCUUCGUGAUGGCCACUCCAAUACUCCAAUACCUUUGUUGUCCUUAAGCCAUUUUGCCACAACUUUGGAAAUAUGCUUGAGGUCAUUGUCCAUUUGGAAGACCCAUUUGCGACCAAGCUUUAACAUCCUGACUGAUGUCUUGAGAUGUUGCUUCAAUAUAUCGUCAUAAUGUUCCUUCUCAUGAUGCUAUUUUGUUUAGUCCCCCAGUCCUCCUGCAGCAAAGCACCCCCACAGCAUAAUGCUGCGACACCCGUGCUUUACUGUUGGGAUGGUGUUCUUCGGCUUGCAAGCCUCCCCCUUUUUCCAUAUCGAUGGCCAUUAUGGCCAAACAGUUCUAUUUUUGUUUCAUCAGACCAGAGGACAUUUCUCCAAAAAGUACAAUGUGCAGUUGCAAACCAUAGUGUGGCUUUUUAUGGCGGUUUUGGAGCAGUGGCUUUUUCCCUGCUGAGCGGCCUUUCAGGUUAUGUCGAUAUAGGACUUGUUUUUCUGUGGAUAUCGACACUUUUGUACCUGUUUCCUACAGCAUCUUCACAAUGUCCUUUGUUGUUGUUCUGGGAUUGAUUUGCUCUUUUCGCACCAAAGUAGGUUCAUCUCCAGGAGACAGAACGCGUCUCCUUCCUGAGUGAUAUGACGGCUGCGUUGUCCCAUGGUGUUUGUACUUGCGUACUAUUGUUUGUACAGAUGAACGUGGUACCUUCAGGCGUUUGGAAAUUGCUUCCAAGGAUGAACCAGACUUGUGGAGGUCUACAAUCUUGGCUGAUUUCUUUUGAUUUUCCCGUGAUGUCAAGCAAAGAGGCACUGAGUUUGCAGGUAGGCCUUGAAAUACAUCCACAGGUACACCUCCAAUUGACCCAAAUUACGUCAAAUAGCCUAUCAGAAGCUUCUAAAGUCACGACAUCUUUUUCUGGAAUUUUCCAAGCUGUUUAAAGGUACAUUCAACUUAGUGUAUGUAAACGUCUGACCCACUAGAAUUGUGAUACAGUGAAUUAUAUGUGAAAUAAUCUGUCUAUAAACAAUUGUUGGAAAUAUUACUUGUGUCAUGCACAAAGUAGAGGUCCUAACCGACUAUAGUUUGUUAACAAGAAAUGUGUGUAGUGGUUGAAAAACGAGUUUUAAUGAUUCCAACCUAAGUGUAUGUAAACUUCAGACUUCAACUGUAUGUAUCAGUUUAAUUUAAGGUGCUGCACAGACGAAUGUGGAAAGAGAUAUAUCUCUUGUAUUGCCACAGUGUACCAUGUGUUUUUUCUCAAGUCCCUACAUGUUCCUUUGCAAACUGGCAGCUGCCAUUAAUGAAACUGUGGCAAAGAAUGUAAAUUGAAUAACUAAAGAAAACAAAUGUAUUUCCUAGUAAAAUGGCACCUGCAAUGUGCUAUUACAGUACUUACAGAAAGGAAAACCAAUAGAGUUCAAGAUUCAAAUAAAGUGGUGCAAUGGUUUAUUUCACGUUUUAGUUUAGCUUUCUUGUUGUGUUUUUGAUUGAUUUGUUUGAUACUUUUUAAAAACUUUUGCAGACAAGCAUCAUGUGUGAUGUUUAUAAGGGUGAUUGUGUCGCAUUAAAUGGUUGGCAAAAUGAUGCAUUAUGGGUAUAUUAGUGUUGUGCACAGCAAUGCCUCUUGUGGUAAGUAAAGAAUAAGGCUCCAACAGACACUAUUGUACCCAAACAUUGGAAGACCACUGCUGUCCUUACAAACCCUUGUAUUACUGUAUGUGUCAGGUGUCAACUGAAUAAAGCAGUAGUGUUAUAAUGACAGUUAUGAAAAACAUUUGAACAAGACCCAGACCCUCAUUAAGAGGGGCCUAAACGUUUCUGUAAGUAACAGAUACAAUGAUAAUCAAUUGUGAUUCUUAUGAAUAACUUUUGAAGCUAAUUGAUCCCUCUUGGCUCAGUACAGAAUUGAAAUAAUCUGAUUAUAGGUACUCUAUGUGGAGGUUAAGAUUUAAGAAUAAUAAAUACUUUGAUGUCAAUCAGAGAACAUGAUGGCCAAACCAAACCAGGAGUAAGUGAGGAGACUUAUGGAAUUAGGUUUCCUUGUGGAGCCUAAAGAAUAAAGACAAAUGGUACGUUGGUAAAUUCCCUCUGGCUAUCUACUUCCAUUUCAGAGCACUCUCGUCUGAGUGUGCUGGAGCGCAGAAUAACUGAUGAAUUUACAAACGCUCAACAUUGAAUAUUGCCGGUGUAGCGACUGGGAGGCCCAUGGGGCUACGCACAAUUGGCCCAGCGUCGUCCGGGUUAGGGAGGGUUUGGCCGGCAGGGAUAACCUUGUCUCAUCGCGCACUAGCGACUCCUGUGGCGGGCCGGGCGUAAUGCACACUGACCAGGUUGCUAGGUGUGCGGUGGUUCCUCCGACACAUUUGUGCGGCUGGCUUCCGGGUUGAUUGCACGCUGUGUUAAGAAGCAGUGCGGCUUGGUUGGGUUGUGUUUCAGAGGAGGCAUGGCUCUCGACCUUCGCCUCUCCCGAGUCCGUAUGGGAGUUGCAGCGAUGGGACAAGACAGUAACUACUAACAAUUGGAUACCACGAAAUUGGAGAGAAAAAAGGGUUAAUUUUUUUUUUAAAUGUUACAAAGAAUAUGGCCGGUGUCAGUAAACGUUGUCAAAAAAGCGUAAUUAAAUUGUUGCCAGCAGCACAGUCACCAACGCUCUGGAUAACAUAGAAACAGCCUAACCAACUCUGCUAGGUCGGAGAAAAAUGUCAGAGAGAGGCGCUCUCUCAUUUAUGUCUGGAAUUAGCUUUAGCCAGUUAUCUUGGGUGCUCGACUGCAGUUGUGAGGUCACAACUCUCGGAUCAGCCCGACUCCUCGGCCAGAGUGUCCAGUGUGUGCACUGAACGCUUCGAGAGAGAUAUGCUCUGAAUUUACAAAUGGACAAUCUGACAACACUCUGAAUUUACGAACGGCCAGAUCACACUCGGAGCGCUCUCUGGCACUCCAGAGGGAAUUUACGAAUGGCCAGAUCACACUCGGAGCACUCUCUGGCACUCCAGAGGGAAUUUACGAAUGGCCAGAUCACACUCGGAGCGCUCUCUGGCACUCCAGAGGGAAUUUACGAAUGGCCAGAUCACACUUGGAGCGCUCUCUGGCACUCCAGAGGGAAUUUACGAAUGGCCAGAUCACACUCGGAGCGCUCUCUGGCACUCCAGAGGGAAUUUACAAAUGGCCAGAUCACACUCGGAGCGCUCUCUGGCACUCCAGAGGGAAUUUACGAAUGGCCAGAUCACACUCGGAGCGCUCUCUGGCACUCCAGAUGGAAUUUACAAAUGGCCAGAUCACACUCGGAGCGCUCUCUGGCACUCCAGAUGGAAUUUACAAAUGGCCAGAUCACACUCGGAGCGCUCUCUGGCACUCCAGAGGGAAUUUACAAAUGGCCAGAUCACACUCGGAGCGCUCUCUGGCACUCCAGAGGGAAUUUACAAAUGGCCAGAUCACACUCGGAGCGCUCUCUGGCACUCCAGAGGGAAUUUACAAAUGGCCAGAUCACACUCGGAGCGCUCUCUGGCACUCCAGAUGGAAUUUACGAAUGGCCAGAUCACACUCGGAGCGCUCUCUGGCACUCCAGAGGGAAUUUACAAAUGGCCAGAUCACACUCGGAGCGCUCUCUGACACUCCAGAGGGAUUUUACGAAUGGCCAGAUCACACUCGGAGCGCUCUCUGGCACUCCAGAGGGAAUUUACAAAUGGCCAGAUCACACUCGGAGCGCUCUCUGGCACUCCAGAGGGAAUUUACAAAUGGCCAGAUCACACUCGGAGCGCUCUCUGGCACUCCAGAUGGAAUUUACAAACGCACCCAAAGAGUAGAACAUUAAAAAAGAGAGGAAGAAGGGUGAAAAUGCCUUCCUGCAUGCCCCUCCCUCUCCUCCUCCGUCACCCAUGUCCCUAUAACUAACCCAUCUACCCUUCCCUCACCCACCUCCGCCCCUGCCCCCUACCCUUCUACCCCCCAGUGCCCCAGCACAAUACACAAUACAGACUGAUAACAAAAACAUCCUGCAGCAUUUAUCACUAUAAUGUAUUAUUUUGACUACUGACCUCCUGACUUUAAAUGUGCAGAAGUGGAAUAACAUGUAGUUAAAACUUUCUUUUUUUUUUAAUUGACUCCAGAUAUGAAUUCAGUUUCCUUUCUUUAUUUGGUGCUAAAGAUUCAGUAAACCAAAAUAAACCCUGAGUUUGAAUGUUUUUACUGUUAUUCUGUUGAUGUUGUUUAAAACAAUAAUAAAGAUGAUUUAACUAGAA